AUGGAUUAUUACUCAGACCAGACGGCAAUUGAAAAGAUGGGCACUCAGCCACUCACCCCAACCUUAGCCUUCUAUGUCCCUCCAAAGAGGCCUCCAAUCUCUCAAUAUCAGCACUGGGCAGGAAAGAAGAUCACACGUGAUAUCAUUCUACCAUCGCCUGAUCAGAAGAAAGAAAACUUGCCAAAUCCUAAACGUACACAGCGCCCUCUAUCAGACGGUGACAUCCUCUCAGAAAGCUACCUCCAACGUCUCCAGAGUCCUCUACCAACUCCUGAAGAAGCCGUCCGACAACAUGUGGGCCCCUCAUCUCUGGUUACUGUGGACACAUCAGGGACUGGGUUUGAGCGUAUGGCAAACAUCAGACGCUCCCUCACACUCACCUUCAGGAUGUCCUCCAGGGGGAGGAAAGAACGCAGGGAGAAGAAGGCCUGGCGAAGAACAGUAUCAGGUAUCCCUCGGGAGGUGGAAGAGGAACUCAAGAAUGGGCGUGCACGCUCGAACUCGGGAAGUGAAUACACCAGUAGCUCUAGCGCUGAGUUUGAGGAGUUAAGAACUCAGAGUCUGGACAGGAAGCUGAAGUAUUCUGUGCGGGAGUACAACAAGGCUUACGAAGCUCGGAAGGCUGCAGGCAAGGAAGGGAAGCCAAGUAUUGCAGUUGUUGCUCCUCUCAGGAACAGGAGAAGAAACCGUCACUCACUUGGUGAUUCCAGUAAAUUAGAGAAGGCUCUGAACAUGAAUGGGUCUGCUUCACUUCCUAGAGGAAUGGGACUACUAAGACCAAACUCAGUGCCACCAGGCAGUGCUAUGGGAACUGUUCAAUUCUCUGGUUCUUCUGCUGACAGCUCAAUGGAGAGGAUCUGGCAGACAUCGGCAGUUAACAGGCUCAAUGAAAGUGCUGAAUCACGUAAGCACUCUGGUAACCUGCGGAAUGGCAAGCCUAAACUCUUCCUCCCACAGAUGUCUCACUUACCGAACGCAGUGAUCACCACCCAGUCUUACGUGAAGCCCAUCCCUACAGAGACCACAGUCAUGUCAAAGGCCAAUGACCAACAUCCAAAACCUCACCAGCAACAUCUUCGUCCAGAUCCUGCGGAACUUGCAGCUUCGGUUAGGCUAAGGAUGCAGAAGUCCAGCUUACGGAAAGAGGAUAGGAGAUCCAGUUCAGGAAACUGGAGCGGAACAGACAGCACAAGAACAUCAGUGUGCUCAGAACAGGACAGUCAAGUUACUCCUCCAGCUAACAUGGAUGCAUCCCCUUCAGAUUCUGCAGUGUCAUUGUCCAAUGAGGUAGAAUGUUCCCAGGGAACGCCUAUUGCUCCUUGUGCUAAUUCAUCAUUCCCUGGGUUAAUCAAUGGAGAUGGUUCUCGUCCCUGCUUCCUUCCUGUUCAAAAGUCGUCCCUUAGUUCCUCUAGUGGGAGUCCAACCCCAACAAAUGAAAUAGAAGCAGCAGGUGGAAACUUCACCAGAUUAGACACUGAGACAUGGUUAAAGAGUGUGGGUGCCUCCACGGGUCCUUCACCUGCUUCUGUACAUAGUAAACCAGAACUUGGUAACACGGCCCCUUCUGUUAAAGGACAACUCAAACCUCAGCUAUCCUUUGGUGAUUCCUCCUCAGAAUCUUCAGUGGAGAAUGCAGCAAGUAUUGUCUCUGAUAACACUUCCUUAGACCUUGAUGCUUAUUUUGGAGACUCUGCUGAAGAAUUCCCUGACACAGACAGUCUUUCUGCAUUCUCUGUUGAUCAAGAAGGGUACUGGACCUCGAUGCACUCUGACUGUGGACUCUCUCCAAAGCAUACCAAGCACCCUACAAUCCCUGAGCAUCCACAGAGUGUUGGUUAUGACUAUGACAUCGCAGCUCACUACAAGGGUAAGGAAAGUCGCAGAGGGUUCAUCACACCAAGGAACAAGGUAUCCAAGGACAGCAAUCAGCAAGCUCCACCUCUACCCACAAGGGAUGAUUCUUUCUCAUUAGAUGCCCAUCUUGGUAACCUACAGCUUCAGCCUCACUUAGAUGGCAGUCCAUUAUCCAUGGAUUCUUCAUCACCUUCAAACCAAACCCUCACCAAUGAUUCGGAUGGAAGUCGAAGUGUGACACCAGCUCCAAGCGACAUGUCAGACGUCAGCAGUGCCAGCUACGAUCUUCCACCUCCUCUGUGUAGCCCUAAUGAUCCUCAGAUGUACAGCUUGGGCUAUGGAGUGGCAAAUAAGGCUACAGGGAUACCUGGAGGGACAGCAUCCACCAGCAGACAGGCUCCAAUCAGUGCUCUCAGUAUGGCCUCCGGGGUUUCCUCCAAUGGGUUGCAGUAUACGCAGUCCUUGAUCAACGGUGUCAGUAGGUUAUCAGAGGCAUCCCCUGCAGCCACUAGCUCUCAGCAGACCAGUGGACAGAACAUGGUUUCUAUUGGUCUUCAGAACCACUUCCCUGCAGUUUCCUCUGCGGCUCCUUGUGCUAGCCAGGCCUCAGAUUUCUGGGCUACACCUAUACCAGGGGCAAUGCUGAAAGCAAGAGAACGUUUCUACGGGUUUAAACCAUCACCUCUUAAGCCUGAGCAGCAGAACAGCCAAGCAACAACUGAAUCUGACUCAGAUACUGUGACACCGGUCACUAGUCCAAGGACUCCUUCUGAUUCAAACAAUAUGUUCUUUGGUAUGUACCCUGGGAGUUACAGUGUUAUAAGAAAGAAAUCAAAGGACAGUACCUACACCAUCUAUUCAAAUGGAAUGAGUGCUAGUCUUAUCAAUAAACCCGCAGAUGUGAUCUCACCUACAAACUCUUUGGAUAGGAAGCAAAAAUUCAAUCGAUAUGUAUCUGACUUGCAAGCGCAAGCACCUCAGGCGUAUGAUGCACUGAGCCAGCUCAAGGCAGGUGAAGAAAGAACCAAAGCAAUGUCCAGGGAACAGAGAGCAGAGAUUCUGGAGCAAAUGAGGAAGUCAAAAUCUGGUGGGCGCAGCAGCAGUAUGGCCACACCUCCGGCAACUCCAACCUCCCCACCAGUCAUACCCACGACCAGUAAUGUUUCAGCAUUGCUGGCAAUAUCUUCUGCUUCAGAGUCACCUCUUAAUAAGGAGGAAGCAAGGACAACUUCCUUCAGGACAUCCUACAAAGAGGGUAUAGCCGCCAAGAACCUUGACCCUGACAAAGCCAUCAUCCAUGCAGCUAAGAGACUAGAAGACAACCGUACUGAACCAGAUCCUGAGCAAGCAGAAGCUGAACAGACAGACGGAAGUUCUGCCGAAUCAGGUAAUGUUGCAGGACGCCCAACAACUCCUAAGAAUAUAGCUGUAGAUACUGCAGACGAUCCUGAGGAAUAUACCCCAUAUGUGUUCGACCCUCAGCGGCAACCAGGUAGCUCUAUAUUGAAAGGGAGUGCCAAGAAAGACGAUCUCCAUGCCAGGAUUCACAAAUCAAAGAAAAAGUUGAAUAUCUCUACAGAUCCCUUCGAAGAUACAACUAUAGGUCAAAUGAUGGCUGCUGAUUCCCCUUAUGACAAUGUUCCCCCCAAUAUAAGAACUAUUCGCUUCUCUGAGACUGUAACAGUAGAAAACACUCCUGUCCGUGUGUGUUUAGUUUCAGGUAAACCAAGAACUAAUAUGAGUGACUUUAAGGCGCUAUUGCAGCAGCAAUCUCAGCCGAUAGGUUCUAGGACAGUAUCUGCAUGCUAUGCAUUGAAUGUAAAGGGUAAUGUCAAAGGGCCUAGGAAUGCAGAACUCUUGUAUCGGGGCAUCUUACAGGAGGAAGAUGACACAAGAAAGGCAGAAGAUGAUAAAGAUUCUACAGAUAGUCCUGUCCCAGAAAGAAAGAUUGUGACUGUUAGUGACUUGAAAAAUGCCAUGGCAUCGGCAAGGGGCAAUGUUAGGAUGGUGAAUGUGGAGGAAGCUCGAGAAAAACAUGAAAUUGUGAACAAAUCUAGUUGUGCAACAGUGACUGCCAUACCAGAAAUCUCAUCACUUCCAAUCAGGGAAACUGUGAUAAAUGGCUCAGAUGACUCACCAGAGAGUGAUGUAAAAACAACAGAAGAGACUGUAUCGAAUCACUCACCUGCUUCUUCAAGUUUGGGUACAAGUACAGAUGAUCAUUGUAAGAAUGGUUGUGAAGCAUCAGGUACACCUGAGACAAUACCCUUGAAUAACAACAACAACCAUAACACAGAUUCCAUCCAUGCUACAUCGGCAGAUAUUCCUCCUGUCAACAUCCUCAAGAACAAUGUCACUCCUGAAGUGUAUCCCACUCUUGCCACGGUGGUGGAGUCAGCCCAGGAAAGCAGUGAGGACUCUACUGUAAAGCGCAUUCCCAAGCAUUCCUGGUCCGAUACCGAUCUCAACCGUUCCAACCUGAUGGCCGCUAUCAGGGAUCGAGGAAAGCAGGUGGACCAGCGGGAGGCAGCUGUAGCCAGACUGGAGGAAGCAAGAGAUGCCGGGAAGAAAGGCAGUCCGGUAAGACGGGCCAUGCCUGUCAGUAGGUCGGAAGGUAGUAUCCAUUCUAUCCUGGACUCUGUCAAACACUCGAUACAGAAGAUGUCGCCGAAGCAUGAAGCUCAUGAUGGAACGGAUAUGGAUUAUCCCUCUGAUGCUUGGGAUUAAGUGUAUUUCAUGAACAUAUUUCCUUACCAGCUGAAUAACCCUUUUGUAUGAAUACAACAGAUACAAGGUCGGAACCUAGAACUAGAGUUGCUUAACUAAGAAAUGAAGAAAAGGAAUUUUCUAAGUUCUGUCAGAUAUUUAUUUCUCCUCAUUUCUUUCUUCCAAGCAAAGAAAAUAUUUAUAUGUAUGUUGUACAUGUUACACACCAGAAAGAAAUUAUUUUUAGUUUUUAUAUGACGAUCAGUUUACCACUUGCGAAACAGAAAUUAUGUAUCCAUUGACAAAGACAGUUCGUAUUUUAUAGUUCAUAUGUACUCAGUGAUUUUUUUAUUUUCAAUCUUUUAAUUAUUGGUUUUAAUUGUUGUAUAAAUUGUUUUAAUUGAACAUAGAUCAUGACAAGAGAUAUUUCAAAAGUUUAAUCUUAUUUCAAAGCAUUUCAUGUUCAUAUCAGUAUUUUUAACCAAGCUUUCUUUAAACCCCUUUUUCAAGAUAACGAUGAUCAGGUUUUCUUCCUAAGAUUUCAUCAGUUUCACUGCCACUUUCAUUCAUUUUUUUUUUACAGAAAUUGUCCUUCCUUGAUAUGGUGGUUUUUGAUUAUCAUACAAUCAAGUUACAUUGUGUAUUUUUUUUUAUAUGAAAUUGUUUUAUUGUUAAACAGUAAUUCAUCAUAUUUACAUAGUAAGUCUUAGAUAAGUGCAAUCUUCCUAACAAAUGUAGUCAGAAACAACCCUAAUACCUAUAUUGCUUUCUGUAUAUUUCUUGCCCUUUUAUUAUAGCUUUUACAUUAUCCUUUUAAGCAACAAAUAAAACUAGUCAUCCAUACUUUUCUUCCUGUUACUACCAUUCAAAUGUUUAACAUGAUCAUUGUAAGCUGUAUCAAUUUGAUGUGAUAUGACUCAAUUUUAUGAAGCCAAUUAGCAUGUAUGUAAUCUUUUUUUUAAACUUUUGUGUAUGUCAAAAUCAUGGAAGACAUGUUUUAUUGUAUAUUUUUUUAAUGAAAUGUUAGUAAUCCCCAUUUCUGUGUGGUUGACCAUGGGGUGUACAACAUGUUUUUUUUUUUUUUACAUUGCAUUAGUUUGAAUACCUCUCUCUUUGGAUCAAAACUUUUGAAGCGUUGGUAAAUUUAAAUUUUUACCUGGCUUAUGUUUUCAAAAUAGAUAAUCAAAAAUUUCAGUAAUUCCUUUAAUUUUAAAAUAAAUCAAUCAUGAUAAACAGUAAUUGAUUCAUUCCCUAAUGGAAGUGAUUCAGGUUUAUAACAUUUUUAAAAUGUAUCUUUCUUUGUAAAGCUGCCAAGCAAUCAAUUUUUUUUUAAGAUCAAUAUAUGAAUGACAUGAAUGUUAUAUGAAAGCUGACAGCAGAGUGAGCAAUCUUCCUCUUAACAUCUGGCAGUGAUCUAGGGCCUGCUACACAAGGUUUAGCAAUUGAUCAUACUAGGUGGUUUCAAACCGCCUCGAUCAUAAGAAUCCCUGUUAAAUUACGAGAACUUUUUUAGGCUAAAAAAUACCCAUUAAUUAUUCCUGCAUUCACACUGCCCUGAAACACCCUUCGGGAUAAGUUCCUGAAGUUACGUGCAUGCGCUGAUCUGGUCUGAUAAGCAAGCGAGGCAUGAGAUUCAAAACCACUAGCUCAGCAGUCACCCACAGCGCCUGCGUCCAAAGACACGCUGGGCUAAAAGUUCCUGUAAAUUGCUUUUGACAUUGCCAAAAUACCUGCGACCUUGGGAAAAUCCCUG